AUGGUUACUUUUCGCCGAUCUACUCGCUGUGGAACUCACGUUUCUACUCCGGUGACAAAGACGACAAAUCCAGCUCGACGGACAGUUCAACGACCUAUUCCGGUGUCUUAUGUUCCUGAUUCAUCUAUUCCGGUGAAUCCUUUUCCAAGUUCAUCUAUUCCGAUGACUUUUCCGAUCAAUCCUGUACCGGCAUCUAUUCCGAUGACUUCCUUUCCGGUUCCUGGACUAUCUACUGAGUCGUUCACCUUCGAUGGGAUCCAAUAUUCACCGUAUUACGUAACGAAUGGAGAUAACCCUGGAUCUUCCAUCAUUUCAGAUACACUCGAUGGUAUGAACUACAAUACUUGGAAUCUUGCCAUUACUAUUGCUCUUGAUGCGAAGAACAAGUUAUCCUUUAUUGAUGGAUCUCUUCCUAGACCACCUGAGAAUCAUCCACACUAUAGGAUCUUGUCACGCUGCAAUAGUAUGGUUAAAUCUUGGUUGUUGAAUUCUGUUACCAAGCAAAUUUAUGGGAGUAUACUGAGAUUUAACGAUGCUUCUGAAAUCUGGAAAGACUUGAUGACAAGAUUCCGCAUUACGAAUCUGCCAAGAUCUGAUCAGCUCACACAACAAAUCUGGUCUCUUCAUCAAGGCUCUAUGGAUCUUUCUACAUACUAUACCAAACUCAAGACAUUUUGGGAUGAGCUUGAUGGAGCAGAUUGUGUUAAAAAUUGUCACAACUGUGAAUGCUGCAAAGCUACUCACACCAAGACAGAGCAUACUAAGAUCAUCAAGUUCUUAGCUGGAUUAAAUGAGUCGUAUUCAAACGCUCGUAGUCAGAUUAUCAUGAAGAAGCACAUCCCAGAUCUUGCUGAAGUAUACAACCUACUAGAUCAAGAUUACAGUCAGCGAAGCAUUGUUCCUAUUCCCAAUGCCUCUGCUUACAAUGUAGCUACUGUCAAUGAUGGUUCUCAGGCGUCUAUCAAUGCUAUGCAUUCCACUCCUCAUCAACGUCAGGCGAGACAAAUGUAUUCUCAUUGUGGAUAUUCAGGCCACACAGUUGACAAAUGCUACAAAGUUCAUGGCUAUCCUCCUGGAUUCAAGUCAAAGCGAACUACUUCAGCUGACAAACAAUCCUCAGAUGCAAAACCUUUGGUAGCAAACAUGUCCUUGAAUGAAACUCAUACUAAUGAUUUCAAUUCUACAGGUUUCGUGAACAGCCUUACCAAAGAUCAAAUUCAAGAAGUCAUUGAGUACUUUAAUGCUCAAAUGCAACUAUCUCAACCAACUUCUGAUAUUCCCUCAACAUCUGGUGGAACCAUUACCGCACUACCCGGUAUGGCAUUCUCUUCUAAGACCUUAUGUUUUUCUGGAAUAUUACGAACUACUGGUCAUGUUCUCUCAUCAGAGUCAUGGAUUAUAGAUAGUGGAGCAACUCAUCAUGUAUGUCAUGAUAGGAGUCUGUUUUCUGCUCUAUCUGAUACUGUCAAUAUAUCAGUGAGUCUACCGACUGGUUUAGGAGUUCAGAUUAUUGGGAUUGGACAAGUGAAGUUGAAUGAGUCCAUGAUCUUAAACAAUGUUCUGUUCAUUCCGGACUUCAGACUGAAUCUCUUAAGCGUGAGCCAGUUGACAAAAGAUCUUGGCUUCAGAGUUGCUUUUGAUGAUGAUUCUUAUGUGAUUCAGGAUCUUACCAAGGGAUUGACGAUUGGUCAGGGUGAAGAAAUACAGAACCUAUACGUCCUGGACAGAGCUUCUCUUGGACGAUCAACACUUAUUACGUCUCCGUUUUAUACAAACAUUGUUGUAGAUGCAUCUCUUUGGCAUCACAGACUAGGUCAUCCUUCAAUACAAAAGCUUGAUUCAAUAGCGAAUGUAUUAGGAUUAUCACAAAGGAAUAAAACACUUUCUCAUUGUGCAAUUUGUCCUCUUGCCAAACAGAAACACUUACCCUUUAUCUCUCACAAAAAUAUGUGUAUUGAAGCUUUUGAACUCCUCCAUAUUAAUAUCUGGGGACCAUUCUCAGUACCAUCUAUUGAAGGGUACAAGUACUUUCUGACGAUCCUCGAUGACCAUACUAGAGUGACUUGGAUUUAUCUCUUACGCACAAAGGAUGAGGUUUUCCGUGUGUUCUCUGAGUUCAUUGCUAUGGUUGAGACACAGUACAAGACUAAAGUCCAAGGAGUACGUUCAGAUAAUGCAAAGGAGUUGAUGUUUACUGAUCUUUACAGAUCAAAGGGAAUCAAAUUUUCAUUCUUGCCCUGA